AUGCCAUUGUCUUCCCUUCCAAAAGUAGCAAAAGAGCAACUUAUCGCAGUGAAAGCAGAAGUAUUCCAAAUAAGUAGUGUCAAACGUAUCAAUUCAGAUGUAAACUGUACUUUGCACAAACAGGAAGUUGUUGUUAGAGAUCCAACAUCAUCAGCCAAACUUGCGCUAUGGGAAUACUAUGUGGGCUGUUUGGAGAUCAACCAAACCUAUGAAUUCAAAAAUAUAAGAGUAAAAGGAUAUGGGAUGGAUCACUACUUAAACACACCAAUGAAAGAAACAUUCUUAUAUACACCAUGCGCACCCUAUGAGCAGCCUCUUGCUACUGUUGACAGUGACUUGAUCGAAUCUGCCAUGUCAAGAAUGGCAGCAUAA